CUUCUUACUCCCGUGCCCUCCUAUCUGGUGUGCUGUUCUCUCCUCCAUGCCAACAAUCUCGCUACCUCUUCCCUCCCGUAUGCUCCGCUCCCCUGUGCCUUCCGUGUCCCUCCCUCUCGUACACUCCACCCUCCCUCUCUCUCCCCCUCACUCCCUGGCUCCUAUUCAUAUUGCAGGUCAGGGGUGAGUCCCCACGUCACGCUGGAAGAUGGCGGCCGGGCGGUUGUGAGAUGAGGAGCUCGGGUAGCGCUGACAGAGCCCCUCACAUGCAGUAAGGUGGGGAACAUCAAAGGAAACGGUGGAAAUGGAUCUGCCAAACCAUGCCAAACAAAUGCUGCUUCAGCUGAAUCAGCAACGAGCCAAAGGUUUUCUUUGUGAUGUCAUCAUCGUAGUGGAAAAUGCCCUGUUCCGAGCCCACAAAAAUAUAUUGGCUGCCAGCAGCAUGUACUUUAAAUCCCUCGUACUCCAUGACAACCUGAUUAACCUGGAUACAGACAUGGUUAAUCCAGCUGUUUUUCGGCAGAUCUUGGACUUUAUUUACACCGGUAAACUCUUAACAUCCGACCAGCCAGGAGAGCAAAACUUUAACGCUCUUCUCACUGCAGCAAGCUACCUCCAACUGCAUGACUUGGCAGCUCUUUGCCGAAAGAAACUGAAGCGUGCUGGAAAGCCAUUUAUUGGUAAACUUGGGGUUCCUAGUAUAGGUCGAGUUGGGAGAAGACUCUCUGCCCCUUUUGGCCACAUGCGCUAUUCAGGAUCUCCAGAUGGCGGCAAACUCUCCCAGACAAAGGAGCUUUCCAAAGUCACAGGACCAGAAGAUGAAGUCUUUGCUGCCUCCAAACAGGAAAACUGCCAUUCAUUAAAUCGAGGUACAAGUAGCAACAGCAGCCUCAAUAAUAGCACCAAUGGUAGUGACCAGGAACUUGGCCUUGAUCUUUCUAAAAAAAGCCCUUCCCUUCCUGUACAAGAUGAUGCUUUGCAAGCAGACAGCCGUGCAGGUUCUCCCCAGUCUGCCUCAGCAUCUGUAGCCAACAGUGCCUCUUAUGAAGAUUUGGACCUCCAAAAAAAUAACUGUGAACCAAUGGAGUUGGAGGCAGGGGAGGAGAACAACUCUGACAUAGGGCCAAAGAAACUCCACCGCCAUGCUUCACGGAAAAAGGAAUGGAUGAGGAUUGAAGGGGACAAGUGUGCAGAAGAUGGGGGCGAGACAAUGCCAAAUGGUGUUAUUGUUGGCCCAUUGUCAAAAGAAAGGAACCUGGGUGGAAUUUAUGGUUCAGAACAGAAUUUCCAGUGCAAAGAUGAGAUUGAAAAUGGCAAGGAUAACAGUGAUGAGAGUGGACACAGUGAGAGUGAGUGCAGCGGUCAUCAGAAUGCCAAUUAUAUAUAUCGGCAAGAAGGGUUUGAGACUGUACCAUUUGGAGACAACCUAUAUGUCUGUAUCCCUUGUGGUAAAGGUUUUCCUAACUCAGAGCAGCUAAAUGCACAUGUUGAAACACACACCGAAGAGGAGCUAUAUAUCAAAGAGGAGGAUUCCUAUAGUAAAGAGGAAGCAGAGGACCUGUCCACUCCCAAUGCUGCCUUCCCUAAUGAGCCUCGCCCCUUUAAGUGCUCAGUAUGUGAGAGAAGCUAUAAGGAUCCAGCAACUUUGCGACAGCAUGAAAAAACUCAUUGGCUGACCCGUCCCUUCCCCUGUAACAUAUGUGGCAAGAUGUUCACACAGAGGGGCACUAUGACCCGCCACAUGAGGAGCCAUCUUGGCCUAAAGCCCUUUGCUUGUGAAGAGUGCGGAAUGCGCUUUACCAGGCAGUACCGACUGACAGAGCACAUGCGUGUCCACUCAGGGGAAAAGCCCUAUGAAUGUCAGCUCUGCGGGGGGAAAUUCACCCAGCAGCGCAAUCUGAUCAGUCAUCUGCGUAUGCACACUUCCCCAUCAUAAACCAAAGACUCCUGUGACAUCCUAAGAAUGUGCUUCUCUCAUGCGUGCACACACACCAACCAAUUUACCUUCCUUAUGACUUGCUGCUUUAAGGGUACUCUGUUUUCCAGUUUGGUCGUAUGAGAGGUGGAGUGGUGUAACAUCUCCCCAAAGCUUUAACUUUUAUCGAACGACCAUGGCAUUUCAUCUUAUGGUACAGAAGAAGCCAAUGAUAUGUGCUGCACCUUGGCUUCCAUCCAUGAAGAGCAAAUGAUUUUUGGCACGAAAUCUCAAUCACCCUCCAGUUUAGCCCAUUAAUUCACUUGGCAUCUACACAUGAUAAAAUAAUUUAAAAAAAUCUUCUACCUAAGAAAUGACUACACCAUGCCAGUAUGAGGCUUAAAGAAUUACUGUUAGCUCUUAUUUGAACCUGGGAGCACUCAAACAGUACAUUUUUUUUUAGUCAGGCUUUUAGUGGAGAUUGGAGGGAUGAUUGGGCAGGUUGAAUGCAUUAGGCCUGUUGCACGUAUUCCAAUAACCUGCAUUUUUUCUCUUCCUUGCCCUGGCGUUGCCUACAUUAGUCCGGCCUUAAGAGGUGCUGGCCUCCUACUUUAAUCCGUGAAUGAAAACCAAGAAACCUCACAAAUCCCUUUCCUGGUUACCACAGAGAGAAUCUUGAUUGGUUCAUGCCAGUUUCUGUCUGAUGAGGAAAAGACAAGUGUCUGGCGGGCUUUUUCACAGGGCUCUCGUGGUAUCUAAUGGCUGUGAAUCUUUUGCAUGCUCUCUUUUUGGUACGCCUCCUUACUACAACUGUUCACCACAUUAACUGAAGAUUUCAGCCACAGUUCUACAAAACUGGUUGGCAGGGAGUUUGGUUUUUCUCUCCCUCAUGUUCUACUUUCCCCUCACUAAUAGGUACUUGUUUCUGUGUGUUUGGGAUUAGAGGAGGUAAAUAUUACUAAAUCUGUGAAUUAUUUCAACUGGAAGAUUUUUUUUUUUUUCCAAUUUUAAUUAGGGUCCAGUUUCUUGUUUUCCUUUUUUCAUUUUGCUCCAGGCUUUUCAAAAGCAGUGGUGAUUAGGAAUUUCAACAAAUUAUCAUAUCCUCUUCUUUAGAGGCUUCUAAUAUUUGUUUCCUUAUUUUGUGAAGUUUUGCGAUUUGGGGUGUAACGGCAUAAAAGCAGGUUUAGAAAUAAUACUCCUUUUGAAUCUAUAUUUUGCUCUGUUAUUUUGCUUGCACCCAAAAUCCAAGUGCUUAAUCACUUCUCAAUGGCCCUAGAAGGUACUCUAGGUGUGUGCGCGCUCAUGUCCGCCUGGCUCAGAGAGAACUGUAUAGUAGACUGGUCAUUUUUGCUACCUCUUGAAUUCUUGGUAAUGUAACUUUUUCAAGACUCUUUCAAGUAGAUCUUGAUGUAAGUUUUUUUUUUUUCUUCUUUUUGUAAGUACUUGUAUAAAUCUAGGACAUUUUAAAUUAAAUUUCAAGGAUAAAAAAAAAAAAAAAUCAGGAAAUUACUCUCCCCAACUUUGGCCAUCACAGCUGCUUAACCCGUUAAACUGCUGCAUGUUAUAUGCCCCUAUAAGUUUUUUUUUUUUUGUUUUUUUUUUACCAUUGGCCCACUUAAGCAGAUUUUUACCAAAUGUUUUGGGUGAUAACAGUAAAGUUCUAAAAGAUAACCCAAAGAGCAUGUGGCAGGACAAUUACUUUACCUGAAAAUGAUCUGGAUGAUUUAACAGGGGUGGUAGUAGAGUAGAAAGUUUGCUGUUAGGUUCAUGGUAAAUACGCACCAGAAUCAUAGCUGCCAUUUGUAAUAACAUUCUGUUGGAUCAAAGUGGUGUAAACUUAAGUGAUAGGCAGGUUGGAAGGAAUAAAAACAGCAUUAUCCUAAAAAUUUAACUGAAGAGUAAAAAUGUGUUGUAAUUAGUGGGUGGUAUGUGGUGUAUGGUAACUCUUUUGCAGUGCUAGGAAGGGGGGAUAUGUUUACAUUUAUGAGGGAGUAGGCUAUUACAAGAGCAAUAGCAUGAUUAGGUAAUUUGAUCACUGCAAGAGGUGGGUCACUUCCUAUUGGUGAUGCGAACUGGAAGCACCAAAAGUAGCUGUGGAGUCACAAUCAUAAGCUGGGUAAUAAUUACUGCUGCCAUAUAUUUUUGGCUUGCAAUGAUUUGUGUGCCAUGGCCUUUAAAUUGAUUUAAAUCGAACUAAAGCUCAGCCAGGAUUAACUUACCUAUACCAGAGAGAUGGUGGUUUGGAUAAGUUAAGGGUAUAUUCUUUCACAGCGGAAGACUAGAAAAUUUUGAUAGCUGUAUAUCGAUUACUGCAACUUUUUUUUUUUUUUGUUAAUUUAGAAUAUAACCAAAGUACAACCUGUCUAAAGGUGCCAAAAUAAAAAACAGGCAUCCGUAUGAUCCCAACAAUGGCCUGUCGUGAAUCUCACACCUCAUUCUCCCCCCACCCUUAUCCUACUGGCAUUAUCUGUGCAGGCCACAGGUGGAUCAGUGCUUAAUACAAUUAUAUUCAUCCAGUAGAGAAACAAAAGUUUACAUUUAAUUUUCUAAAUAAUAAAAUCAUUUUUUUUCUUGACCAAAAAUUAAAGGAAUAGAAUAGGUUGCUUUUAGUAGCUUUGUUAAUGCCACUUCCAUUAUUAAAGAGGGCAAAUCCCACACAAGGCUUGGUUGUUCUUAAGAAACUUUAACUCUUUAGUCACCUGUAGUUUGUGGGAAAAAAACCCUAUGUCCACGGUUUAUAAGUUCCUUUCAGCACUUUAAAUUUCUGUACUUUAAAAUACUAAGGAGAGGCUGGAAAAAUGCUGUAAUAGUAUUAGACCUAAAAAUCAGGUUAAAGGCAAUAGCUUAAAAUACAUUAUAGUGUGGGAUUGUACUUUUAAAUCUCAGCCCCUUUUAUUCAUCCACACCUUUCUGUCACCAGUGAACAUGAUUCAUGGGUAAUAAUUUGGAUACUUUAUCUGCAAAUGCUCUCUGCAGUCCAUGAAAAGUUCCAAAUGGGGCAGAACUAGCUGCUUUUGCCUGGUUUGCAUAACCAUUAGCUCCCAAAGAUUUACUCCCGCCCCCCCCCCCCCCAGACUUUGUUAAAUCCAUGAUGUGUAGGGAAACAUGUUUCUAUUCUAAGCUCAGAGCAGAAAGUAUACAAUUAUUUUUCACAUCUGGCCAGUGUUUUGUGUAUAGGGGCAGCUUUGCGUUGUCUAUAACAUUACAUGCAUUUUUUUAUUUUGUUUUUUUAAUUUUCAAGGCCAUUAGUACAUGGGACAGCUAUAUUCUUGGCUGCCCAUUGGAGAAAAAAAAGAUUAUGGGAAUUGCUAUGGUUGUCCUAUUAACAUUAUUGUGAGAUCAUUGGUUUAUUCCAUUGUUUUCAGAUUUUUUUUCCUGUUAAAAUGUAGCCUGGCUGUCUUUCUCAGGUAACUUUUUAAUCUUAUUUAACUUGAAACCAAUUGCAGAUGACAAAUAUUAGAUUUUCUUUGGGGGACAAAACUGGUAGAAUAUAAGCCAGGAUUUUUCUUUUCUGUAGUACUUCCCAAUUGAACCAAAAAGUCUCUUCCCGAUUUGCAUGCAGUGAGCUUGGGUUACUUUAUAGCAGCAUAGCCAAUUGCUCCCUUCCGACAAAGGAGAACUGCACAUUUGCCUGUAUACAUUAUAAACCUGACCCCCUGUAUACUAUGCUUUUGUUAGGCCUAUUUUUUUUUUAUAUAUAUAUUUUUUUUCUCAGCACUUAAUAUCGACACAAAGUCUGUGUAUAGUUGAGUAUUGUAUAAUUUUUUUUUUUUUAAUAUAAAACUCGCUGUGUAGGAUUGUGUUCUAUAGAAUGAUUAUAAAGGAAAAUACAUUUCCAAACUGUGACAACAUGAAUAAUAUUUCUCAAACUUCAGGGACUGGCUACCUCUGGGCACCAAACCUUCAGCCACAUUUCUAUGACAUAGUAUUGUAUCAAACAUUUUUUCUGUAUUUUAUGAGAAAAGCAAAACACUAGUUUCAUAAUAAAAACAAAAAAAAAGAGUCUUGGGACCUGGGUGUAGGGUUCAAGGGAUGUGGGAUGGUAUUCUGUGUACGUGGAUCCUGCUGUAAAAGGAGAAACGCACCAAUUUCUAAAUAUAAAAGGACAGGCAGUUAACCGCUUGUUUAGUUCCUGAAUUGUGUUGUUUUUUUUUUUCGGAAUAACAGGAAAAAUAAACAUUUUUAAGAAAUGUAAAAACAAUGUAUUAUAAAACCAGAAGGAGGAAAAAAAACAGAAAAAUGUAAGAAAAAAAAAAAAAAAAGCUUAUACCCAAAUCCAUAAACUAUUUUUUAAACCAAAGCACAUUUUGAAGAAACCAAGUGGGCUCAGAAAAUAACUAAUGGACUAUUUAUAUUUAUCACAUUGUUUACAUAAACCUUUGCAGUUUCAGACCUCAGCAUCAGGCCAGUCAAAAUUAAUGUGCCAUUUUCCAGGGACUCAAAUGAUUUUCUACUUAUGUCUUAUUUCUGUUUCUAGUUUGUCUUGCUUUUUCUUGGCUUGCAUGACUUGGUGAGUAAUAGCUAAAAAAAAGAUAAAUAUAUCAGAACGUUUAAUGUUUUUGUCCAGGGCACUGAACAUUUUUUUUUUUUUUUAAGUGGGUGGUGCAAAAUUAAGAAAUAACUGACUUUUUCAGUGCUGUGGCUAUAGUUAGAAUGAUGGAAAAACUUUAUACCCAGGUUAUUAGGAGUUCAUUAAAAAAGCUUUACCAAAAAAAUUUGUACUAAAUGUGCAAACAAUGUUGUAUGAAUAGUUGUAGCAAGGCUGAAUGAACAGCUACAUUCUGUCCAAACAUAGAUGUCACCUUUUGUGUGUUGUCUGCUUGCCUUUUUGUUGUCUUCAGGAAGUAAGGUCAUUUACUUUUCAGUCAGCAGCAAUGUUAUAUUGAAGAUGCAGUUUUAGUAACAAGGGAGCUUAGGGAAAGGAUCCUUUUAAAGUGUGACUACUCCUUUAAUAGUGAAGGGAGUUGGCUAUAAACCUAUCCUUGAGGGUUGGCUGGUACUCAUGGACCCUAAGGGCUUGCACACAUCUGUUUCCUAUACGAGUUUACUUGGUUGGAGCCUUUGAGAGAGGAUAUCUGUAAGCACAACCGCUUGCAUUCUCAAAAUAUGCUGCAACAUUGACACCAUUGUGCAAGUGGGCAUGCAUGCAUUCUUUUGCUCAAAUAUACUUGCGUUAAAAACCGUUGAGCAUGAUGCCUAAAAACUAUUGGUCUGUUUUUCUAACCCAUCAGAUCUUUGCUUUAAAUAUCUUAACUUGCAGCAGUCUAACACACUGGUUUUAUUUAAUGCUUGUUAGUAAAUUAGCCAUGUUUUCUCUGUGCUGCCUAGUAUAUUUAGGUUAAACUUCUACGCCAGGUUACUUGCCACCCUUCUAGGAAGAACCGGAAUUUUCCCUCAGGUUUAUGUGCCUGUAUUCUUUCUCAUGCUAAAAAAUAUGCAUUGUAGCUCUUUUCCAACUCCAAUGAGGGUUUUGUUCUAGAUAAUACUCAAUUUCCAGUUGUAGAUUUUCAUAAGGAAAGAUGAAACAGCCUGCACUUCCUCCACUCAUUGAAGCUACAUUAGAUGUAUCAGUUGGGGAGGGGUUAAAAAUAUCCAGGAAUUGGGUGAAAAGGUGUCUUGUUUAUCAUUUUAUGUUAGUGGUGUGUUUUGUCUGACCCCUGGAAAAUAUGCUAUUAAUUUUGCCUGGUCUUCAAAAACUUAACAAAGAUGGUGCAGAUUUUUGCAGUGUUCUUAGUGUUUCACUUUGUAUGUGCAGUUCUGAAUGUAUUUAUUUCAUGACACACCUGUGUGAUGAUUGGUUAUUAUGGUGGGUUUAAAUGACUGUCAAAAGCUUAACUCCUUUUCUGCAUUAAGGUCUCAGCAAUACCUCUCUUGCGGUGAAAGGAUUAGGCUUAAAGGUGGGGUGCACGCAGGGUUAAACGAUUUUCCUAUCACUGGGCCUGCAAGUACACAGCAAGGUUCCAGUGAAUGUGGAAGAGUUUCACAAAACAAGAUUUCAGUUUAAAAAGUAAUAAAAAAAAAUAAAGAAAACAAAAAAAAAAAAAACCGGAGUAUCCUCAGAGACUUUAAAUAGCCAUAAAUCCACAAACAGGACUUUCUGUAGCUCUUCUGUUUCAUACUGGAGAUCUUCUGCAAUUCUUUUUUGUUAUAUUUAAUGUUACAUUGUCAUUGACUUCAUUUGAUAUAAAUAUAUAUAUAUGUGUAUGUUUUUUCCUGCAAGAUGUCACCCUUUCCCCUUUCCUUAUGACCACCCUGUUCUGCAUAUGCAGAAUGUUGUGAUAGUUUCCUCAGCAAUUGUGAAGCAGAAGGUUAGACUGGAGAAUGUUUGAGCAGUGAGGGAUACAGUUUUAUGUUGGAUGGACAGAGCUAGAACCACUCCUCUUUAUUUCAGAUACCAUAGUUCAUAAUUUACAGCAUUGUUAGCGAGGCUUAGCACAGAGUUAUCACAGGGUUUUUAGGGAGCAAUAGUCUGCCAUAACCUACUUGAUGACAUGUUUAUGAUCUCAACCAACCACAUAAGUGUCUGAAGCCCACCAUAAGGCUUGGUAGGCAGGUUUUGUAGCUGAUAUGGAAUAUGUAAUAUCACUUUUCUUAAUCUGGUAUAUGGGCAACUAGAUUAUCCGAAAGGCAUUUUAGCCUGCAAAAAGAGAGGCUUGAUUCUUUAGGCCGUGCACCAAAACUGGUUCUGAGUGCCCCCCCCCCCCCCCCUAGAGAAAACACUUGUAGACAAUGGUAGCUGAGUUGGAGUCUUCUUUAUACUAUGCAGGGCACCAGCGUUAUGCAUGACUGGUAUGUGUACGUGAUUCUUGGAAAGAAAAGGAGGGUUACACCUGUCUGGCUUCCAGGAAUCUUGCCAAGGAGGCACCCUCUUGUGUAACAGUUCACACUGUUUACAGAUAAUGAAUCACCCGCCAGAGUGCAGCAUGUUUAAUAAAGUCAUUGUAAAUAGCACUAAUUAUCCAUAAAUAAAAGAGUGAAUAGGCUUAAGCCUGUAGUAGCGAGGUUGCCUUUCAACUUGCUGUGUGCCAGAAUUAAUUGUAUUGUAGUACUCUAAUUGGUCUUGAUUAUUUUCAUCAGCUUUUGGUCUUGGGGAUAUCGGCAUUCUUUUGAGCUGUGCUUCUUGCUCUCUCCAUCCUUGGCUUAAUAUAUCAAUGAAGAUUAGGGGGUGGCAUAUCUCAGGAUUACAGCAAACUGGAAAAUUGUCUGUUAGCCUCUUUGUUACUUCUGUCCCAGUCCUACCUCCUGCUUUGUGGUGCUGUAGAGAUCUCCUCAUGAACUUUAUAUUCAGGUCAGACUGCUCUUUAGAGCAGAUUAAGUGUCAUAUUAAAGAAGAUACAGAAGAUUCUGGUGAUCUGAACAUUCGAGAAACUUUCAGUCUUAAUGUACAGUGAUGAAAAACUGUUAUUUUAUGAUCUUUUCAUUAAAAAGCUUGAUUGAAAACA